CCACAGCUUCCACAGCUCUUCCGGUUUGCUGCGCGCGCCAUGGAGGCCAUUUGCAUGGGAUGUAAGGAUUCCUCCUGCAGCUUCGAGCCCCUGAGGCUGAAGAGACGAGAGUUGAACGACCUGGAUGUGCUCAUUGAGAUGAAAUACUGCGGCGUCUGUCAUAGUGACCUUCAUAUCGCUGCGGGACACAUGGAGAACGUCUUAGGGAAGGUGGAAUAUCCUUGUGUGCCGGGACACGAGUUGGCGGGCGUGGUCAAACAGAUUGGCAGCAAAGUGACCAAGUUCAGUGUGGGAGAUCACAUUGGCGUGGGCUGCAUGGUGGACUCUUGCCUCGAGUGCAGCAAGUGCAUGGAGGGCCAGGAGCAGAAAUGCUCCAAGCAGGUGGGCACCUAUGCUGGCAAGGACUGGUCCGGCCGGGCGCAGGUGCCGGAGCGUGAGCAGACCAUUGGCGGCUACACCAACGUCAUGGCCGGGGGGCCAACGGGGAGCAGGGGGAUCAAAACAUGCCCUAAAUGGCGGUUUCCAUAUAGUCAUUGGGAGUUGCCGAGUUACCCCCAAAAUAGUUGGUUUAUAAAUGUUUAG